AUGGCGGUCCUAUUCCUCCUCCUGCUCCUAUGUGAAACUUCCCAGGCUGCUGCAGACAACAUCCAGGCCAUCUAUGUGGCCUCGGGGGAGGCAAUGGAGCUGCCAUGUCCCUCACCACCCACUGUACAUGGGGAUGGACAUCUGUCUUGGUUCCGCAGCCCUGGAGCAGGCUCCUUAACCACCCUGGUAGCCCAAGUCCAACUGGGCAGGCCAGCCCCAGACCCUGGAAAACUAGGAAGGGAAUCCAGGCUCAAACUGCUGGGGAACUAUUCUUUGUGGCUGGAGAGCUCCAAGGAGGAAGACGCUGGGCGGUACUGGUGUGCUGUGCUGGGUCAGCACCACAACUAUCAGAACUGGAGGGUGUACGACGUCUUGGUGCUCAAAGGAUCCCAGUUAUCUGCAAAGGCUGCAGACGGAUCCCCCUGCAAUGUCCUUGUGUGCUCUGUGGUCCCUACCAGACGCAUGGACUCUGUGACCUGGAUGGAAGGGAAGGGUCCCGUGAGGGGCCGUGUUCAGUCCUUCUGGGGCAACGAGGCUGCCCUGCUCUUGGUGUGUCCUGGGGAGGGGCUUCCUGAGUCCAGGAGCCGAAGAUCAAGAAUCAUCCGCUGCCUCGUGACUCACAACAAAGGAGUCAGCUUUAGCCUGGGAGCCUCCAUGGAUGCCUCUCCUGCCCUCUGUGCCCCUUCCACAGGCUGGGACAUGCCUUGGAUUCUGAUGCUACUGCUCACAAUGGGCCAGGGAAUCAUCAUCUUGGCCCUCAGCAUCGUGCUCUGGAGGCAGAGGGUCCAUGGGGCUCCAGGCAGAGGUGCCUCGAUUCCUCAGUUCAAACCUGAAAUCCAGGUCUAUGAGAACAUCCAUUUGGCCCGUCUUGGCCCACCUGCCCACAAGACCGGGUGAUCUUGGUGACAUCUGCUGGGAAGUGUGACCUGCUGUCU